AAAACGAUUACUCCAGCGGCAAUUCUUUGAAGGAAGCACUCUUCUCCACAUCAUCUGACUUUGUUGCAUUUACCCAUUCAAUACUUUGUUUCAUUGCAUUAUAUUUUUUUUCUGCACAGCACAUCUGUACAGCAUCCUUACUCUCUUAUCCUAUCUAUUCUGCCCCAUUCCCAUAACAUCUCCACAAAUGCCUUCCACAAGCUCUGCGCUCCCUGAUCCCGUAAAAGCCGCCGUGUUACUCAACAAUCGCAUUUCUCAAUGUUCCUAUUCCGACAUCGUCAAGCACAACUUUACUCAUGCCAUAUGCAACGCGGCGCCGGGCUCGCACGUGGAUUUCUAUGAUCCCGUCGAGUCCACAGUCUACCCGGAUCUGAAAGAAUACGACUUGAUAGUCUUGAGCGGCGGCACGGCAAGUCUAAUUGACCUUGAGCCUGAGCUGUGGGUGCCCAGGAUGCUGCAGUUUGUGCGGGACGUGGUUGAGCAUAAUCUUGGCUUUCGACUUCAUUUUGAGAAAAAAGAGAGUAGUGACGAACGGUGGCCUAUAAAGGACGUGGAUUUGAAGAUGAGGAAGAAGAUAAAGUUGGUCGGCGUGUGUUGGGGCCAUCAGGCGAUUGCUAAAGCCCUGGGAGGGGAGAUUGGUAUGCGAGAUGAUGGGCCGUUGCUCGGCGUAUAUCCCGUAAAAUUAUCACCUCAAGGAAAAUCCUUCUUCUUCCCUGAUAAAAGUAUCAGCAGUCCUGAAACAAUUAAUCUACAUAAAUUCCACAAACGUAUCGUGACCAAACCACCGACUUUACCCGUCCUAGGGAAGCCCAACACGCACUUUCUCCGGCUUUCUGCUGACCCCGCAAACGACAUUUUCAUCUCGCCAUGCAACAAUAUCCUUUCCUUCCAAGGACAUCCGGAGCUGGACGAGACAUUGGCGAAGGCGCUUUUGACAAAUUCGCCUGAUUACCGAGAUAGGUUCUUGGCGUCUGCGAAAAGGGUUGAAGACGGAGUCGAGGACGUUAUCAAAAGUAAAGUAGAAGAUAAAGUUGAAGACAGAGUCCAAGAUAAAGAUACACAGCAGGACUUGUCUGAUUCCAAAAGGCAAGAGGAUGCUGAUGCGGUGGGACAAAAGGGUAGGAGUGAGACGGGAGAGGAGGAUUCGGAGGAGAAUACGGAGGAUGAUAAGGAGAAGGAGAAGGAAAAAGAAUUGGAUGCCGUGUCGAAACGCAUGGAACAGGGACAUGAUGGGCUAGAUGUCUGGCGGAGAAUACUGGCGUGGGUGAGGGAGUAA